CCGCUUCUGCGCUCUCUCGCCGGCGGGCGGGAUAAAUGCCGGAUUCGGGGCGGCCGUUCCGUUGAGACGCUGAGGGAACUGGAGUAGUUGCAGCCGCUGGCCGUGUUGCUUCGACGAGAGGCGCGUGUCUAGCGAGCUGUGAGGUUAUUUUGUAUUGGGAACCAUGACCUGGCAUUUCCCCCUCCUCUUUGCUGCCUUGACUUCGACGUGUAUCUGCUUCCCACCAAAUCCACUGUCUCUUGAGGAACUGGGCUCAGACAUUGGAAUCCAAGUUUUCAAUCAGCUGGUCAAAACCAGAUCUAAGGAUAAUGUUGUGGUUUCUCCACAUGGAAUUGCAUCAGUACUUGGAAUGCUUCAGCUUGGAGCUGAUGGCAAGACAAAGAAACAGCUGACAACAGUGAUGAGAUACAGUGUAAAUGGAGUUGGUAAAGUACUGAAGAAGAUAAACAAAGCCAUAGUCUCAAAGAAGAAUAAAGAUGUUGUGACAAUUGCAAAUGCAGUCUUUGCAAAAAGUGGCUUGAAAAUGGAAGUGCCUUUUGUUUCAAGAAACAAUGAGGUGUUUCAGUGCAGUGUCAAGGGCAUCAACUUUGAAGACCAGACCACUGCUUCUGAUACCAUCAACCAGUGGGUCAAAAAUGAAACUAAGGGUAUGAUCGACAGUGUCUUAUCUCCAGAUGCUAUCGAUAGUGAUCUGACUAGAUUAGUGCUGGUAAAUGCAGUAUACUUUAAAGGAUUAUGGAAAUCACGUUUUCAGCCAGAGAACACAAAAAAGAGGACAUUUAAUGGAGCUGAUGGAAAGACUUACCAAGUGCCUAUGCUGGCUCAAUUGUCAGUGUUCCGAUGUGGCACAACAAGCACUCCUAACGACUUGUGGUACAAUAUCAUUGAAUUGCCAUACCAUGGUGAAAGUAUUAGCAUGUUGAUUGCUCUACCCACGGAAAGUACGACUCCUUUGUCUGCUAUCAUUCCUCACAUUAGCACAAAAACUAUACAGAGCUGGAUGACAACUAUGGUACAAAAGAGAGUGCAGGUUAUUUUACCCAAGUUUACAGCAGAAGCAGAAACAGAUUUAAAGGAACCUCUAAAAGAGCUUGGCAUUCGAGAUAUGUUUGAACAGUCGAAGGCAAAUUUUGCAAAAAUAACAAGAACGGAAAGCAUUCAUGUAUCCCAGAUCUUGCAAAAAGCAAAAAUUGAAGUGAGUGAAGAUGGAACCAAAGCUUCUGCAGCAACAACUGCAAUUUUAAUAGCCAGAUCAUCACCUCCUUGGUUUGUAGUAGACAGACCAUUUGUAUUCUUCAUACGACACAACCCUACAGGUGCAGUUUUGUUUAUGGGACAAGUCAACAGACCUUGAACGUGGGAAGAUAUUUUCCUUCUGAAGCAAAUUUAAAGAUUGAUGCCCUUGUUCUGUUAAAUAUUUUUGUACACUAUUCUUUGGCUAUGAACUAGCUUUUGAGUGUGAUUGGUCAACUAGGUUUUGGAAAGGAAUCUUAAGUAGCUGAGGUUCUUUGUGGAAAAAUAAAAUGCCUUUUCAAAGCAAUUUAAAGAUUCUUAAAACUACUGAUUAGUUCCCUGUGCUAACAACUUUUGAAAUUUUGUUUGGUCUAAAUAUUUUGUAUUGUGAUUUGAGAAGUCUUUUAACCAGAGUUGGAACUAAAGGGACAACUUAAAUUUUUGUUUAGUUUGAUUUGUACAUGCCCUUCUGCUACUAAUGUUGUCAAUUGAGUGGUUUGAUGAGGCAUUGCCAUUAGAAAUUUAAAGCUUUAGCAAUUUUUUAUUUCAUUUUGUGCAUGUAUUGCUGAGACUUAAACAACUAAUGUCCCGGUUAACGCCUUUGCAUUGGUGUAAUGUAAACUUGUCAUUGCUAGUAUACACUUUCUAUGGAUUUAAAUUUUAUAUUUUUUUGUACAAAGGAAAAAAAAUAAUAAAAAGCAUUAUGAACAGUCAAA